CUAAGUAGGAAAACUAAGGCUUAAGGAAUCCUUUAUGGAAGGUAACUCUAGGCUUUAAGAUCCUCUAUAUGUAGAUGACAUUGUCCCUGUUACCACCCCCAUUACCAAGCAUUAGUUCUAUCAUUAAAGAAGCUGUGGUGUUGGCUAGCAGAAGACAAGGUCUUGUCAAUCAACUGAGUUGCAGAGCAGGAGCAAUGGAGCCAAUUCUUGGAGCUGAUGGGCACCCGAAUGAGAAGCUGAUUUCUUCAGAAAUAACUUUUUCAGAGACAUCAGAAUUGAAAGAAAGUUGUCCAAAUUUGGAAGAAAAGGUUGUGCAUGAAGAUGAAAAAUAUAACAGAUUACCCGAACAAUUAAAAAGGUUAUAUAUAUAUUGUUCUCUUUUUCCAUCACAUUAUGAGUUUAGAAGAGAUGAGUUGGUUCAAAUGUGGAUUGCUGAAGGCUUCAUUGAAGAGUUCCACAGAGGGGGAAUGGAGGAUAUUGGUAGUGAUUAUUUCAUGUCUUUGCUGCACAGGGGUUUUCUUGUGCCCUCAAGAUGUAACUACAGAGUGGAUUUUGAUUCGGUACUUUCUGAGCCCAUUUAUAAUCCUGGCCACUUAUGUUAUAAAGUGAAUCCACUCAAGUUUUCACAUUUUGGAAGCACAAUUGCUCAGGAUGAGUAUUUCGUAGCUGCGGAUGGUAGGUUGGAUGGAGCCUUGGAAAUGACGCAGCGUUUGUCUUUAAUUUGCAAAGACAUUGAUGAGAAGACUUUUGGGGUUCUUAAACAAUUCAAGCAUAUGCGUACACUCAUGCUUGCUGGCUGUGGAUCUUCCAUCAAAAAUGUUCCUUAUGAUCUAUUUUUGAGCUUCAAGGAAUUGAGAACAUUGAAUUUGAGUCAGACAGCCGUCUCUGAAUUGCCAAGUUCCAUUCGAAAUUUAAAGGAAUUACGGUACCUUGAUCUGUCCAAUACUCAUAUUACACGGUUGCCAGAAUCAAUUGAUUCUCUUCUCACUUUACAGACUAUAAGACUCAGAGGUUGUGUACGCUUUCGUCAGUUACCAAAGGGUAUGAAGAAGCUAGUCAACUUACGACAUAUCGAUUUGCAUAUCACUCGACAAUUAAGGUCCAUGCCAUCUCACUUGGGAAGCUUAACCAGCCUUCAGACUUUGUCAGCAUUUCUUGUUGGUCGAGAUGAUGGGUAUCGUAUAGUAGAGCUUAAGAAUUUGAAUGAUCUUAGAGGAGUACUUUGCAUUUCAAGGCUUGAAAAUGUAGCGAGUGAGGAAGAGGCCGCAGAAGCUGCUUUGGCUGACAAGAAAUGGCUCCAGAAGUUAGAGCUCCGUUGGAGUACUGUGUACAAUGAGAAGAUAGUAGAGCAAGAGCAAAUCAUUGAAUGUCUUAAACCCCAUGCUGGGGUGAGAGAGUUAGUGAUACAACACUACGCGGGGUCUAAACUUCCAACUUGGAUUAGCAAUCCUUGUUUUGCUGAACUUGUUGAUCUUACCCUCUACAGAUGCAAAAACUGUGUGCAUCUCCCAUCUAUUGGGCAGUUACCAAUGCUCAAGUCUCUUUCUAUUAUAGAGAUGAACGAAGUGAAAGAAAUCAAUUACCAGUUUUUGGGAGAUAGAAACCAAUUUGAUCAAGGGUGCCGUGCAUUUUUGAAACUUGAGCUACUAGAAAUUGACACUAUGCUCAUUUUAAAAGAGUGGAAGGAUGUAUACAUGGGUGACUUGCCUUCCCUACUUAAACUCACAGUUGAUUCUUGCCCUGAACUUACUACCCUUCCAUCACUCUCUUGGCUCAGAUCCCUCAAGCAUUUGGAAUUCAGGCGCUGUCCACGAAUUUCUAGCCUGCCUAACAAUGGCCUACCAGCUUCACUUGAAUCUUUCAUAGUAGUAGAUUGCCCAGAACUGAAAGAAUGGUGCCACAUGAUGGUAGGUAAAGAUUGGAGAAAUAGAUGCGAUCUCCCUAUUAUAUGGCUUGAUUGUGAAGAGGGUGAGCAGUACUUGUAUCUACUUGUGUCUAAUUUGGUUCAGUAA